GAAUUAGGACUUGAUUUGACUGCUGAACAAGAGGGAGAAAUGGAAAAGUUGGGUAGUGAUAUUGCGACUAGUGCCCAAGCAAAAAAUGUUAGGUUAGAAGAAAAACUUCAAGCUUCCACUUCUAUUACGGUUGCCGGAGGUGCUUUGACUUUAUUGGAUUAUUCAACUACCGGGGGAGUUAUUGCUUUGGUGGCUCCUUUAAUUGAUAAUUACAAUGAAUUAUUAGGUAUAUUAAAACAAGUUCAAAUAGGUGAGACUGGGAUAGUAAAUAUAGCUCUAAAAAAUUUAAAAAAUGAAGUUGAUAUUUUCUUAAAAGAAUAUGAUAAGGAUGGAAAUGAAGAAAUAGACAUUGAUGAAUUGACUAAUGAACGAGAAAAAUUUGCUAGUGAAUUAAUUAAACUAGAAGAAGUCGCAAAAAUGAUGAAAAACUUAGAAAAAGAAGUCAUUAAUUAUCGUCAAGGUUUGACUAAAAAAGAGUUAGAAACUCAACCGCAAAUUGAAGUUGAUAUUUCUGCUGAUAAGCACAAUGAUAACCAAACUUCUUUGAAUAUGAAAACUGAAAAUAUGUGA